AUGCAAACACCGCACCCAGAUGGAAGGCUCAACCCGCACACCACUAAAGGAGAAUUACCCUCACACAAUGCAAUAAAGGCACACACAUCAACAGAAGAAAACAUGGUGAACUCACACACAUCCAUGCACUCCACAGUUAACCCCAACGUAAUAGACAUAGGACUAUCUAACAGGGAACUUAACCGUGACUUCACAACCCGAGCCAUGACCUUAAACAGCAAACCUGAUCUCAAGAACACCCUGUUGGACUCUCAAUUCCAGGUC